UGCCCUCUUCUUCAGAAAUCACUGGUAAAUCCUCAAAUCAAAACCGUCUUGAUAUUCCAAUUCCUUCAAUCCCAACUUCUUCAAUUCCUAAUGUUCCAUCUAGUGUAGAACCAGCUGUUUCGGCCGUUAGUAGUGCUGUUACUGAUGCUGCAAAUACUGCUGCAAAUACUGCUGGAGAUAUUGCUGCAGUAGCCUCUGGUUUAUUAACUCAGUUAUUAAGUGCUUUCGACAAUUUUAAACCAAGAAGUCCUACUGCUAACGUUUCGGGUUUUUCACAAUUUCUUAUUUAA